AGAUGUGUUCUUCUUGGGGUUAGCUGUGGUGCAAACAUUGCAAACUAUGUGGCACAAAAAGCUGUUGAGGCAGGCAAACGUCUGGAUCCAGUCAAGGUGGUGGCACAGGUUUUGAUGUAUCCAUUCUUGAUUGGAAGUGUUCCAACGCAUUCUGAGAUAAAACUGGCAAACUCAUACUUUUAUGACAAGGCCAUGUGCUUACUAGCGUGGAAACUCUUCUUACCUGAGGAAGAGUUCAACCUGGACCACCCUGCUGCCAACCCCCUCAUACCUGGUAGAGGACCACCUCUAAAGCUCAUGCCUCCAACACUCACAAUCGUAGCAGAACAUGACUGGAUGAGAGACAGAGGCAUUGCUUACUCUGAGGAACUCCGGAAAGUAAAUGUUGAUGCACCUGUUCUGGAGUACAAGGAUGCGGUUCAUGAAUUUGCAACCCUUGACAUGCUCCUCACAACCCCUCAGGCCCAGGCCUGUGCUGAGGACAUUGCCAUCUGGGUUAAGAAGUACAUCUCACUUCGGGGGCACGAGUUCUCUUAUUGAAUUGGAGAACAAAUGCAGAAAUGCCUUAAUAAAAAACACACCAGCACAUCUAAUCUAUUGAAGGAUGAGCAAGGGAACAUCUUGUUCUUAACCGUUACUUGGGUUGGGGAUCCAAGUUAGUAGUUGUCUGUAUCUGGCUGAUUCGGCUUCUGGGUUGUUCAAACAUUUCCCCAUUUAGUGUCGAUGUCCCUCUUUGUAAGAUAGAGAACUUGUCUGAGAGAGUAGGAUUUAGUUGAAUUGUGAGAUGAACCUACAUCCUGUUUCGAGUAAUGCAAUCCACGUUAACAUUUUUAUCCAGUGUAUCGAUUCAAGAUGUACUAUUUCCCGUUAAUAGAGUUGAAUUGAAAUGAAUGUUUGUCUUUCUUCUU